UCUAUAGAGAAAUGACUUUUGUGCUAUUCGCGUCUGACACAUAUAUAAUUUUUAUGUUCAGCAACAAAGCCCAGGCAUUGUUACUAAAUCAUUGUAACAUUUUAUUUCGGACAACCACCGAAGUAGCCUAGUGAUUUCUCUGUCAGUAUUGGCUGCAAAAUGGAUGUUGAAAUGAUUGAAAUAGAAGGGCCCAGUGAAAUUGGAGGUUUCACUGUCUUGGGUGAUUUCAGAUCCAAAGAAAAGAAAAAGAUUGAAAGAGUUUUGCCAAAUUGGCUUCAGAACUCAAUAUUGAUACAAGAAAAAAAUGUCAGAUUUUCUGACAUUCUUGAACUGGACCGCAGUCUAGUCGAAAGGCUAACAGAAAAUGGUUUAGACAAAUGUUUUCCGGUUCAAAGUACAGUAAUACCUGAAAUUCUUAACCAGUGUCGAUAUGGAAUAUCAGGUGAUGCUGGGUUUCGGCCUCGGGACCUUUGUAUCUCAGCUCCAACGGGGAGUGGAAAAACUUUGACCUACGUUCUGCCAAUAAUACAGGCUCUACAGCACCGUGUGGUACCUCAUGUCAGAGCCCUUGUUGUCCUACCUGUAAGAGAUUUGGCAAUCCAGGUUUAUAAAGUCUUUAAAAGAUUUACUCAAGGAACAUCAUUAAAGGUUGUUCUGCUUUCUGGAAAGAAAGAAUUUAGAACAGAGCAAUGUUCUUUGGUUUGGAAAAAACCACAUACACCUUCUUCUCAACAAUGGACCAGUUUGGCUGAUAUUGUGGUAGCCACCAAAGGGAGACUACUUGAUCACAUUGAAGACACUGAAGGAUUUGACCUGACACAUUUACGAUUCUUGGUUAUCGAUGAAGCAGACCGUUUAAUGAAUGAUGUUUUCGAUGACUGGUUGGAUCAAAUAGAAAAAGCAGCUUACACGCCCAAGCCUGGGGCCUAUUCUCCAAAUCCCAGAGGAUUUCCUGGACCUUUGACUGUUACAGACUGUUGGAAGAAUGACAUGCAUGUACAAAAGCUUUUGUUUUCUGCGACACUGUCCCAAAAUCCAGAACUGCUUGAGAAGAUGAACCUCUAUCUCCCAUUAUUGUUUAGUGUAGUGGCUCCAGAAACAACCACUACAGAUGCUCAGAAUGGAACACAAAGUUUAGAUACACAAAUUGACAAAUUUUCUGCUCCAGCGCUUCUUAAGGAGAAAUUUAUUGAUGUUAAGAAAGCAGAGAAGCCCUUGAUUCUACUUCACUUCUUACUCCACAAAAAGUUGCAGCGAGUUUUGUGCUUCACAAAUUCUGUUGAGUCUACCCACAGGUUGUAUUUGCUGGCCAAGCAGUGGAAAGAUGUCAAAGUGGCUGAAAUCUCUUCCAACAUCCAUAGUUUAAAAAGGGUGAGAAUCAUCCGUAAAUUUGCACGGGGAGACUUGCAGUUAAUAAUCAGCUCUGAUGUCAUGACACGUGGAAUGGAUAUUGAGAACGUCCAAUAUGUCAUUUCAUAUGAUGCGCCCCAAUAUAUUGAAACAUACAUACACAGAGUAGGCAGGACAGCAAGGGCUAAUAAACCUGGAACUGCCAUCACAUUGUUGGAGGGGAAAGAAAUGUUUCAUUUCAAAAAAAUGCUGCGCGAAUCGGGAAGAUGGCACAAGUUAAAACGAAUCCUAGUGAAUAGAAAACAUCUUGAGCCACUAGUACCGCAGUUCACGCAAGCACUGCAAUUGUUGCCAGAAAUUUUGAAGGAACAAAGGCGACAGAAGAAUUUAUAGCCACAAUGAUUCUUGAAGGACACUAUCAAACGCUUUCUUAAAGUCUACGAAACUGAUCAUUAGCCGUUGUUGGUACUCAAGACUUUGUUCUAUGAGAUUUCGUAGAACAAAGAUCUGCUCUGCACAUGAUCUGCCUCUUCGGAAGCCUGCUUGUUCUUCUAUGAGCCUCUCAUCUACAGACUGUUGAAGCCAUCUCAACAAAAAGUGCUGAAAACUUUGCCAGGGACAGAGAGGAGAGUAAUGCCCCUCCAGUUGUUGCAGUCUGCCAAAUUGCCCUUAUUUGAAAGCUUUACAAUCACUCCUUUUUGCCAGUUCUCAGGGACUUUAGAAGUUCGCCAACAGAGAUUUAAGAGAACAGUCAUUCUGUUAACACUGCACUGCUCCCCAUGUUUUAGUAUUUCUGCUGCUGUGCUUUGUUGUUCUUUAGCACUGCAAUGGCCAUGAUAACCUCCUCUGCAGUUAUUGGGUCUGUCUUGACCUUGAGAUCAUUGUCCUUGAAUGUGUAAGUCAGGUCUGGAGACGGUUGGUUAAGGGUCUCUUUUAAGAGCUCUACUCAUCUUGCAUCCUGUUCUUCUUUCGUUAGCAAAGUUUUGCCUUGCUUACCUUUUAUCAUUGCUCCAUGUCCACUCUUUGCUCCAGUGAGAUCUCGGGCAAUACGAUGGAGAGUCUUUGUGUCAUUUCUGCAUGCAGCUGCUUGUGCCUCUUAACCCUUCUGUUCAGUCCAGUCCUGUUUAUCUCACCAACAGCUUCUCUUUACUUUCAGAUCUGCUUCUUCCGCUAGGCUGCAAUCCUGUGUUUCAUUUUUCUGGUCUCGUCUAUGUUUGGCAUCUUUCUUCUCAAUGACCAAUUUCCAUGUUCUGUCUUGUAUCCACAAUUCCUUGUAUGAACUUCGCCUCUUUCCGAUGACUUCUUCCGCACACUCAAUAGUGGUAUCUCUGAAGUUGGCUCACUCUUCUUCAAGGGUCAGUAUAUCUGCAAGAGCCUUGAAGCGGUUCUUUAGUUUCAAUUGGAACUGUGCUGCAAUAUUUCAGUCUUUGAGCUUGUCUACCUACAUUAAAUGGGCGGAGUCGUGUGACUUGUUUUGGUUGGUUUUUCAUUUUUUCGGGUCUUGUCUAUGUUUGGCAUCUUUCCUCUCAACGAUCAAUUUCCAUGUUCUGUCUUGUAUCCACUGUUCCUUGUAUGAACCUCACCUCCUUCCGCGCACUCAAUAGUGGUAUCUCUGAAGUUGGCCCACUCUUCUUCAAGGGUCAGUAUAUCUGCAAGAGCCUCGAAGCGGUUCUUUAGUUUCGAUUGGAACUGUGCUGCAAUAUUGCAGUCUUUAAGCUUGUUGACAUUAAAUAGGCAUAGUCGUGUGGCUCGUUUUGGUUGACGUUUCAGUCGGAGCUUACAUUUGCCACUGACAAGGUAGUGGUCUGAGCUAAUAUCCGCUCCUUUGCAGGUCCGCACGUCUAAUAGAGAUGACCUCCAUCGUUUGGAGAUGCAUUUGUAAUCUAUCUCGUUGAAGGUUUCUCCAUCGGGAUGUUUUUUUUGUGUGUAUUUGUUUGUGCUUAAAAUAUGUGUUUCCAAUUGAAAGGCUCUUGGAUGCACAGAGAGAAAUCAAGCGCUCGCCAUUAUCACUGAUGUUUUAUGCAGACCCAAAUGGUCAAUUACGUAUUGAAAGCCAGUUUGGUUGGGAUUGAUUUUGGCGUUAGUCUCCCAUCAGUAGAAUUAGGUCAUGGCUGGGUGUUUCAUCAAGUGUGGUUUGAAGUUAAUUAUAGAAAUUAUCUUCGAUGGUAUCUUCUGCAUCCUCUGUAGGGGCAUAUACUUGGAUGGUAGUGAUUUUGAUUUGGUUUGCUUGGAGUCGAGCUGUAAUGAUGUGGUCGCUGACUGGCUUCCAAGCAAUCAAAGACAAUAUAGAUGUAGGUCUACAUUUAACAUAAUAAGCCCACUUGUGUUAUCGUUUUUUUUUAAUAGCAAACACACAUUUCAUAUGUUUCUGUCACUUACAUUAUAACUUUCUUAAAAUUUGCUGAGAACCAUGAUGUGUAUAUUUUGUCUGUUAUUGCUUUUUCUACUGCGAUGCUUUACCAUAAAAAUCCCCAAUUUUUACCUUGAAAACCUGGAAAAUACAUUGAAAAUCAUGAUUGAAAUUGGCUAUGAACCCUGUAUAAUGCAAGGAUGUAGUCUGGAAAGCCUGAAUAAAAUUGGAUUCCAACAAAAAAAAAAAGCUAAAUUGAAAACAAUGAGUAAUUGGCGAAAUUCACUCUGAGAUUUUCAUUAUUCUAGAUUUUAAUGCAGGCUGUAUCAGUGGCAUGAGUGUUAUGUUAUAUUUAAAUUUCAUGACACAUUAAUCUUUCCUAAAAUAGUCUUCACUUUUAAAUUAAUAGUCAAUUAAAAUGUAGACUCCAACAGUUGUCAUCUUUCUUAAAUAUUGAAUAGAUACAGUAGAUACUAGCUGUAUCAGAAGCUAGCUCAGACAAUGACUAGACAUUCUCAUCUUGGUUAAAGUGGUUGAUAAUUUCCUGCUAUAAAAAUACUGUCCCUUGAUAUUCUUGUAUUAGAGAUCCUUCGAUUGCUGCAGAUAAACAUCUGGAAAGGUUUCUAUGCCAGAUGUUUAAAGAGGGUGUAAUUUUGCCAGCACUAGGACCGUCUUACUCCAAAUAAUGUUAGGGUGAACUCUGGGUUUUGCUUAUAGUCUCAUGUCCCUUAGACAAUGGUAUAGUGUUAGAUUAGUCCUUACUUGGUAAAUUGGCCUGAAUUAAGUGUCAUUUAUUGUGGUAUGAUGGUAUGAAGCAAUUUGGUUGCACAGUUGUUAAAUACUUCUGACUUACUUUUCAUUUAGGUAUUUUAUUGUAUGUUAUAUUAAAAUCCAAUUUAUUAUUAUUAGAAAUCAUUGUCAUAGAUUUUUAAAGAAUAAAUGUACUUUAGUAUAUACCUGGUAAUUAUGUAAAUAUCUGCUGUAAAUAAAUAUGUAAAUAAUAAUGUUGCAAUAUCUGCUGUAAAUAAAUAUAUGUAAAUAAUAAUGAUGUAUAUAUGUUGACAAGUUUUCUCUCUUUCUUUUGGUUUGCUCGUUUAUUUGUUAAUAUUAUUGCUUUUUGUACAGUUUAAUACAAAUUGUUGUAUAAAAUAUCGUAGUGUGCUAAUAUGUUUAUAUUGAGUCAUUGUUUUGUGAAAAUUUUGGUGAGAAAGUUCUUAAAAGAAUGCAAAAUGACAAUCUUCAAUGUCUACUUAUGUUGCCUUGUAUCAACACAAAGUCUCAUUAAUUGUCAUUAUUAAUGUCUUGAGUAGCCUAUUUUAUUUAUUUCUUUUGUGUCAACAGAACAAAAAGGAAAUAAAGAAUAGUGGGAAAUAAAACCUUUGUAAAGAAUACUGAGGGUAGUGUGAUGACAAUUACAAUUAAAGAAGAGGUUAAGAACCUAACAGUGACAAUGGGUGUCUUAAGAUUGAAUAAAGGAAGGAGUUCUAGCAUUAUAUAGUAAAAAAAAAAAAGUUUCCCUUUCAGACAAUUAAUGAACACAAGAGUUUGUGUUGAUCUAAGAAGACUAAUAAUAACAACUAAUUUAAUUGUGACAUUUUUACAGCGCUCUUCAGUUGUGACUUCUUAGAAAAUCAAGUUCUGUUAUAGUGACUGACCCUGUCACAAUCAUCUUGAAAAUAUCUUGACAUGGGUUUUAUUGAAUGUUUCAUGUGUCUAUUUUGCAUGAAAACAUUUAGAAAUGAGACUUCAUGAAACUAAGUAGACUAAAGGAAGCAAGCAUCCAGAGACAUCUCAGACAUCUUGUUCAGACCCCCCCUCAACUCUUUCUGACCUGCUGGCCUGUCCAUUAGUGAUGAUCCCUUCUCUAACUAGGCGGAUUGAACCAAGCUCUAGUUCUGUUUUUCACUUUGGCAGAUAUCAACUGUCUCUCCUUGCUUAUCUAAACAGUGUGUUCCCACACCAUGCUGAACUGUCACUGGUGCGCACACAAGCACCAACUGAUAUUAAUAUACAUUUUAACACUAACUAGAUAACUAUAUAAGAUAAGAGUUGUUAUUCAGGCAGUACAAUUUUAUUUUCAUGUCAUAACUCUUGAUCAAACAAAACUUGUGUGUGUGUUGUCUCUACAGGUCAACAUUUGUCAUACACAGCUUGAACAAGUUAUACAAGCUCACUUAUUUAGGCAGCUAUAUCUAAAAAGCGACAGAGAUGAAUGUCAGGAUAUUGCAUGCCAGAUAGCGAAAGCAGGCGCAGUAAAAAAUCUUGUACACUGUAGACCAGUGGUCUUCAACCGCCCCCUUUUCUUAUCUUUUUCUUUUAAAAAAUUCGCCAGCACCCCCCUUUAACAAAAACAUUGACAGCAUAAAAAUUAAUAAAUAAAUGACAUUUUGUUCAAA